GAAGGAGGGACCGUGUAGGUGGGAUGGUCCGGAAAUCCCGUGAUAAAAAGAGGAGCGCGGGGGAAAAGUAGGGAGAAGCUCCGGAGUCAUUCGCUCUCCUCCACUCCUCGUCCGCAACUUGCCCGCUGGCACAUGGGCGCCAGACGGAGCCGCUAGCGGCGGAACGACCCGCAGCACCUGUCCGCCACCGCACAGCGCCCGCGUAGCCAGCGAGGCUGCCCGCCGCCGAUUGCCGGACUCUGUGCAUGCGAGGUGUGAAGCUGGGCUGCGCCCCUGAGCCAUCGUCAUGGAUUUUGUGAUGAAGCAAGCUUUAGGAGGGGCUACCAAGGACAUGGGAAAGAUGCUGGGUGGGGAUGAGGAGAAAGACCCUGAUGCUGCCAAGAAAGAAGAGGAGCGACAGGAAGCCCUCAGACAAGAAGAGGAGGAGAGGAAAGCCAAGUAUGCCAAGAUGGAGGCUGAAAGAGAAGUUAUGAGACAGGGGAUUCGAGACAAGUAUGGGAUAAAGAAGAAGGAGGAAAAAGAAGCAGAGGCCCAGGCUGCACUGGAAGCUAAUGCUGAAGGAAGCCUGACUCGUCCAAAGAAGGCUAUUCCUCCUGGCUGUGGGGAGGAGGAGGAGGAGGAAGAAGAGAGCAUUCUAGACACAGUCAUCAAAUACCUACCAGGUCCCCUGCAGGACAUGUUCAAGAAGUAAUAACUGCAGACUGCUAGAUGGGCAUAAACAGUACUGCAAAGGAUUUCUCUUUUGCCCAAUGGGGAUUUACAAUCUUGCCAUCCAUCACGCACCUCUGCCCUCUAAUGCUCACUAGGAGUCCUUUUGCUUCCCAUUCUCCACUGUCUCUUCCCUUUGCCUCUACCCCAAGACUCAUCAGUCCUUUUUUUUGUACAUAGUCACAUCCAGUAGAUGCCUCUGAAUGGAUGUACAGAUUAAAAAGCUGCAGACUACACAACUUUUAUUAUAAGCCAUAGUAUUAUGUAUGUUAAAUAAGGCAACUGUACAUUAAGCAUAGAAAAGGAACAACCUCACAUGUAUUUUGACCCAAAGCAAGAAGUGCUCACUCAGUGUGAACAGUAUCCUUUUUAGUUUUAUUUAAUUAUUAUUACUGAUAAUAAUUAUUAAUUAUUUUUAUUAACGUUCUUGUUGAUUGGGUCACACUAGCCAUUUGUUGUUGAGUACAUCUACCCUUGGAAGGAAUAUCUCAGUUCUCCCAUGGAAGCAGAGCUUUUCAGUUUUAAUUCCAUCACUGGCAUAAAUAAAAAAUCAUUUGGAAGCUAAAUCAUGCAUGACUUACACAGCUGACAUCACUCAGAAUGAUAGAAGAAGUGAGUCAUCUGCCCUCAGAUGCUGAUAGAAGUUAAAUGCCUCAGAAUCUAAGCAAGAGUCAUGUCACUUUGGUAAUUAGCCAUACACUUAACUUGGAAGAGCAGAUUUGGUCUGACAGGUGCCAUAUAGAGAGCCAGAACUACAGUAGGGUGUGUGGUACUAUUAGAGGACCUUUCCACUCCUAGGAAGUCAGAGACCAAGAAUGUUGGCCUCUGAUUAACUACACUUCCUCUUUCUGCCCAGUGCCAUAUUUGACAAUCUCGUUCCCAGCAGUGCUUGCAGGAAAGGCAUUUGAUCUCCAGUAAAUUGUCAUUACUGUAUUCUACCCAUCCUUCAAUGCAGUUGUGGGAGAAAGUGAAAGUUAGACAAGACACUGGAGAGCCAGAAAUUCUAAGUUUCCUACAUUUCCUGCUAAGUUGCUCUGCUGCCUUGGAGAGAUAAUUCAUUUUUCUGAUUCAGCUCCUUCA